UGAAUCAAUCAAUUCUUGAUUAUUAUUCAUUUAUUUUAAUUCCAAAUAUUCCCUCAUAAAAACAAUAAUUCCAAAUAUACUUCCCAAUAGCAUUUUUUUUUUCAAAAAAAUGAAAUGUUCUAGUUUUCGAAUUGGUUUGUCCAUUGUGAUUCUGAUAGUAAUGGAUGGCAUAGCUGCAUUACUUGGGUAUCAGGCAGAAUUGGCUCAAGAUAAGGUGAAGCAUGUGAAGGUACUUUUUAUUGAGUGUGAGAAAGGGGGAUCCAAGGAGGCCUUAGUGUUAGGAUAUGCAGCGUUGAUAUGCUUUGCGGUGGCUCAUUUGGCAACCCAUACCGCCGGAGAUUUAUAUGUGUGUUGCAGAUCUAUGAUCAUGAGCUGCUUCUCUCAAAUGGCAUUGUGUGUUCUUCUCGCGGUAUGGGUCCUGUGGGGGGCAGGAGCAUGCCUUCUUUACAUUGGAGCAAAGGGGAACCAAAGACAUGGAACCAAGUGUGGGGUCUCUCACCACGGCUUUCUAAAAUGGGGAGCAUAUAUUUGUUGUGCUCACUUAAUUAUUUCCCUAUUGUAUUGCAUCCUAAGUCAUAACCUAUUCAUGAAAGCUGCAAUCACAAGUACAGCACCCAAAGUUGUAACACGUGUCUAGAAAUUGGGGACGGUUCUCAUGACAUUGCCCGGCAAUGUCAUGAGAUGACCCAGGGGCGCUCCAGUGUCCCGUUCGUAAAUUAACGGUUCAUACCUUCCCUAACUCCCUCUUACCUCGCCCCGGCCCGAACACACCACCCACCCACAAGUUGAUUUUGACUUUGGAGUCAAAAUUUGACUCCAAAGUCAAAAUCAACUUGUGGGGUGCAA